AUGUCGAAUCCCGCCCCGUUCGAUUCGCCUCGCAGAUCCACCAUCUUUGGGCGUCAACCAGAGGAGCUACACAUACCGUCAACUGGUCUGAUCAAUCCGAACAUGGCCCGCCAGCCCUCGUCCCACGAUUACCCCACGACCCCAGACGCCGGGACAACCCAAGUCCCCUCAAUCAACGUCCACUCUAGCGCUCAGGCUUUGCAAUAUGGCAGCGCUAGUGGUAACAGUAGUGGCACGCUUCCAGGUGCCUUGACUCCAGGUGGCCAGAAUCGCCCACCCGCCGUCUCAGUCAACACGGCCCCGUCGGUCCUUCCCACCUUACCGCAGACGACACCACAGUCCAGCCAUCGCACGAGCAUGGCCAACUCCCACGCACAUUCGCGAUCCAGUCCCGCCGGAUUUGAUCAGACCCCGUACAAACAGCAAGGUGCAGGAGAAGGCUCCAGAUAUCCCUCGUCCCCUGGUGCUGGAUACCCGCCUCAUACACCGCAGGGCUCCAAGUACUCGCCCUUGGGUCUCGCAGACAUUCGUCUCCCUGGCGAUCACCUCGGUCUCGGAGACGCGCUCCUGAGCCCUGGAAGUGGGGGCGGGGGUGGGAGUGGGCUACUGCCUUACAACGGGGACACCCAGAUACCCUCCAACAGCAACUACGUGGCACCAUGGCCUAUAUACGCGGUGGAUUGGUGCAAAUGGCCAAUUGCCGGGAGCUCGAACUCAUUCGGGGGAAAAUUAGCUCUAGGAAGCUACCUGGAGGAUAAUCAUAACUUUAUUCAAAUCAUUGACACACACUGGACCCAACCAGACCCAGAUACGCCGGACGCCGCCGCAGGAGAAAUCAAGUUAGAAUACGUGAAGACUGCGGAGGCGACACACUCAUAUCCCGUUACACGCAUUCUUUGGGAACCUCCAUCGUCCCAAAAACAAUCCACUGAUCUUCUUGCCACGUCUGGUGAUCACCUCCGGUUGUGGUCCCUCCCCAGUUCUCAGCCCCUGCAGAGUUCAAACUCGAUCACACGGCCCGCAAAUCAGCGAGAGGCUCCUGCGUCCAAGCUUUCUCCGUUGGCACUGCUUUCAAACUCGAAGUCACCAGAGCACACAGCCCCGAUCACUUCCCUCGACUGGAACACAAUCUCACCAAGUCUUAUCAUCACCUCCAGCAUUGAUACAACCUGCACCAUCUGGGAUAUUCCCACUUUGACCGCUAAAACACAGCUGAUUGCCCACGACAAGGAGGUGUAUGAUGUCAGAUUCUGUGCCAACAGUGUCGAUGUUUUUGUCAGCUGUGGCGCUGACGGCAGUGUGCGUAUGUUUGAUCUACGGAGUCUGGAACAUAGUACCAUUAUCUACGAGCCGAACGACAAGGUUGAACGACCUGUUAUGAGUCCCGGCAACGCUAGUCCAUCCGGCCCUUCACAGACAGGGAUAAACCCUCCGCCUUUGUUGCGGAUUGCAGCAUCUCCCCAUGAUGCCCACCUUCUAUCAACAUUCUCAUCGGAUUCCAACGUUGUACGCGUUCUCGACGUGCGACAACCUGGCCAAGCUCUCCUCGAGCUGAAGGGUCACUCUGCCGCUCUGAACUGCGUCGAAUGGUCACCGAGCCGACGCGGGGUCCUCGCCUCUGGUGGUGAUGACAGCCUCGUUCUAAUCUGGGACCUGAUCAACCAAAACAACGCAGUUCCUGUCUCCCCUCCUACUCAGGUUCCAGGUGCCCAGGCCCCCGCCCCUACCGAACGGGGUCCCGCCGCCGCCUGGCAGUGCGACUACGAAGUGUCCAACAUCAGCUGGUCACCACAGGGCGGGCCAAACCACACCGGAUCGCCUCGGGAAUGGCUUGGAGUCUGCGGUGGAAGAGGUAUCUGGGGGGUGUCGCUAUAA